AACCUGUCAUCUCCUAACAUACUUUUAACAUCUUUCUAUAUAGUAUUAACUUACAAAAUUAUCUUAAAUGGCUGCAUAGCUUUUAGAUGUACUGCAAAAUAACCCAUUUCCUGAUGUUGGGCAUUUUGGUUAGUUCUACUUUACUAUUAUAAACAACCUUAGGAGGUACAGUAACAACUUUGAGGCUCCUAUAGUUUACUUAAUUCUUUACAAAGAUUUCAGUAGAAUAUGGCGGUGUCCCUUCUUCCACAAGAUGGAACUAUCUGGACAUCAUCUUUACCGACAAAACAAAAGUCCUUUUUUUGAUGGGCAAAAGGGCUACCUCAUCGCGUUCCGUACGCGUUCUUGUCUAGCUUACAGUCACUGAAGUCGAGGGAGGGGAGGUUCCUCCCUAGCAAGCUGAGCGCCGCCACCUCCCACGGUCUGACCUCCGUCAAGGUGACAGAGAAAGAGCAACCGGCAGCCCCCACCCCCCACACGUAGCGCGUGCGUGGGCGCGCGCAUGAGCGGACGUGCGAAUGCAGAGGGCGGCUGCGCGGCCGGCGCGACGCCUGGUGAAGGUAUCAGCGGCGUGCUAGCGUUCUCUUUCCGCCUCUCCACCGGCAGAUCGGCUCACACCCAGCACCUGAAAACGUUUCUGCUAUUGUUUCCUAGGCCUAUAAGCUAUUUAAACAACAGUGGUUACCUCCUGGGCGUGUUGUGAUGUACAGGAAUGUGUUUAUGAUCAUCUGAAUCUCAACCAUGUUGUCAAAUUGCUUGCAAAAUUUCUUAAAAAUUACAAGCCCUCAUCUAUAUUCAAGAUUAUGCCAGCAAUUAAUAGGAAAUAAAAGGUUUUUUGGAACUGUGCCAACAUCCAGAAUUCGUAGGCGGGUUGUCAUUACAGGCAUUGGUUUAGUGACUCCUCUUGGUGUUGGAACGCAGCUGGUAUGGGAUCGUCUUAUCCGGGGAGAGAGUGGAAUUGUUUCACUGGUCGGUGAAGAAUAUAAGAGUAUCCCUUGCAGUGUUGCUGCUUUAGUGCCAAGAGGUUGUGCUGACGGUCAGUUCAACGAACACAACUUUGUAUCCAGGUCAGAUAUCAAGUCCAUGUCUUCUCCCACCAUUAUGGCCAUUGGGGCUGCAGAGUUAGCCAUGAAAGAUUCUGACUGGCAUCCUCAAUCAGAAGCCGAUCGAGUGGCUACUGGCGUUGCAAUUGGCAUGGGAAUGGUUCCUCUUGAAGUUGUUUCUGAAACUGCUUUGAUGUUUCAGACAAAAGGUUACAGUAAAGUCAGCCCAUUCUUUGUCCCGAAGAUUCUGGUCAAUAUGGCAGCAGGGCAGGUCAGCAUUCGAUAUAAACUCAAGGGCCCCAAUCAUGCAGUGUCUACAGCCUGUACCACAGGAGCUCAUGCCGUGGGAGACUCUUUCAGAUUUAUAGCCCAUGGUGAUGCUGAUGUGAUGGUGGCUGGAGGUGCAGAUUCUUGCAUUAGCCCUUUAUCUCUUGCUGGGUUUUCCAGAGCCCGUGCUCUGAGCACAAACUCUGAUCCUAAGCUGGCCUGUCGGCCGUUUCACCCCAAGAGAGAUGGUUUUGUAAUGGGAGAAGGUGCAGCUGUGAUGGUACUGGAGGAACACGAUCAUGCUGUUCAACGAGGGGCCCGGAUCUAUGCAGAAGUUUUGGGCUAUGGCCUCUCAGGUGAUGCCGGUCACAUAACUGCACCUGAUCCCGAAGGAGAAGGCGCCUUAAGAUGUAUGGCUGCAGCUGUAAAAGAUGCAAGUGUACAACCUGAAGAGAUAUCCUAUGUCAAUGCACAUGCUACUUCCACACCAUUGGGAGAUGCUGCUGAAAACAAAGCUAUCAAACAUCUUUUCAAAGACCAUACCCAUGCCCUUGCGGUUUCUUCAACUAAGGGAGCCACGGGACAUCUGUUGGGAGCUGCAGGGGCAGUUGAGGCAGCUUUUACUGCUCUGGCUUGUUAUUAUCAAAAACUACCACCUACUUUAAACCUGGAUUGUACAGAACCAGAAUUUGAUCUCAAUUAUGUUCCACUAAAGGCACAAGAAUGGAAAAUUGAGAAAAGACGUAUUGGACUCACCAAUUCCUUUGGUUUUGGUGGUACUAACGCAACACUUUGUAUUGCUGCCAUGUAGGGCAAAUCUUUUUUUUUUUUUUUCUUUUUUAGGGGCAAAUCAUUUGUAAUUAAACAUUGAUUUUUAAAAAUGUUAUAAACUAUCUUAAGAAAUAAAAUGUCUAUAGAAAUGUAUCAAUAUUUAUCUAUAUAUAUCUAUAUAGAUAUAUAUAUUAAUGCCCAGAUAACCUUUAUCUGUGUCAGGAUUUUUCACCCCUGCCACUACUGAUAUCUUGGGCAGGAUAAUUCUUUGUUGGGGGAAGGGAAGGUGUCCUAUAUAUUAUCGGAUGCUUUGCAGCAUCCUUGUCUUGACCCACAAGAUUCCAGUAGCACCCUCUUCUCUAGUUGUGACAACCAAAAAUGUCUCUAGACCUUGCCAGGUGUUUUCUGGGUGGCAAAAUAGUCCCCGUAUGAGAAACUCUGAUCUAUAUGUUCCUCAUACUCUUGGUCAAACAACUCUUUGAUAUUUCACCUGCUCUUGUCCCUUCCACAAACAUUUGGUGAGUUGCUGCUCUGUGCUAGGCAAGGUUGUUGCACUGUACCACCCCAGGCUUACCAUUCCCAUACAACAUAAGGAGAAGGAAUGUGCAUGUAACUGGGAGUUUGCAUCAUUGAGCAACAUUCUUUGAAUAAAGCAGUCAUCCAACGAUGA